AUGGAGUUAAAGCAGCUGCCGAGUCUGGUAGGGUUACCAGAGUCGAUAGGGCACCUGGGGGGGCUGCGAGUGUUGGAGGUAGAGGGGUGCGAUGCGUUGCGGGAGGUGCCUGAGUCCUGGGCGCAUCUGUCGGGGCUGGAGCGGCUCUGCGUGAAUGGCGCCAGGCAUUUGGCGACCCUGCCGCCCUUCCGCGUUGCUUCCUCUGCGUUGGGUCUUGGCGGUGGGAACGCUGGCGGGUUGGGUGGAUUCGGUCUGUUGGAGCGCCGUGAGCGGCAUAGGUCACCUUCUUAUGCUGCUGCUGCUGCUGCUCCAGGGCCUUAUUCUUUCCAUGGCCCACCCCUCCCUCUCACCAACCCACCACACCUCUCCUCCACCCUUUCCGCUCUCCGUUUCCUGGAGAUUUCCGACUGUGCUUCGCUCACUUCCCUGCCCGAAGACCUCGGGCAGCUUCCUGCCCUUGACACGCUGCUCCUGCUCAAGCUCCCGUCCCUCGAACGCCUGCCCGACUCUCUUGGGCAGCUCCCCGCGCUGAAAGUUUUUGGCCUGUCACUCUGCCCGCGCCUGGAAGAGCUGCCCGUUUCAAUGGCGAACCUGCCCGUGCUACAGUGCCUGGUGAUCCAUGACUGUUGGCGAUUGGCCUCUCUUCCCCCCAACGCCCUGAAGCAGUGGGAAACCCUAACGGAGCUGAUUGUAGCGGAUUGCCCUGCUCUAGACGACCUUGGGUUUGGGCUGGAGGGAGCAGAGGGGGAGAGGGAGGGGGGGAGGAAGAGGCGGAGGUGGGCUGGUGCGGGAUGGAGGAGAGUGAGAGGGGGAGGGAUGGAGGGAGCGGGGCGAGGGGAGGGGAGUGGGAUGGGGAGGAGGAGGGUGGGGAAAGCAGCGAUAGAUGAUGACGAUGAUGAAUUCGAGGAGGAUUCUUCAGAUGAGGAGGACGAUGAGAGUUACGUGAGUGACGAGGAAGAAGAGGAGAGUGAGGGUGAUUAUGGGGAUGAGGUGGAGAACGAAGAGGAGACGUGGGACGAUGACUCUCCCGUGCACUUCCCCUUCCCUACCACAUCCACAGCAACUGGGUCGUCGACAUUCCGAUCCCCACACAUCCCAUCAUCUUCAUCACCAUCAUCAGCAGCAUCGUUCCGGCCGGCACGGCAUUUGCACCACUAUGAGAGGGUGCUCUCGCGCCUCUCCCACCUGCACUACCUCGAGGGCUGGCUGUCUGGCAGCCCGCCUCUGCUCGCCUACUUUGAAAACUCCUUCCCCCACGGCCUCUACUCCUCCCUGCGCCUCAAUUCCGCCCCUGGACCAUCCCCUCUCUCCUUCAACCCUUCAGCUUCGUCCAACCCUUCUCCUGCUUGCAACCUGUUGCCAUCAUCAGUCCUCCCCCCACCACCGCGUGCAUCUGAUUCGCUUGCUGCUGGGAGUCCCCUGCCUGCUGUUGUCUCGCUAGCAGUCACUCCUCCAGCAGCCACGUCAGCAGCAGCCACAUCAUCAGCAGCGCCUACCACUGCGCCACCUCCACCACCGCCACCACCACCGCCACCAGCAGCAAGGGCUCCGAUUGCAGCAGCUACUAGCAGCGUUUACCCCAUCAGCAGUUUCUUUUCGUUUGGCGCUGCCUUUGGCCUGGGUGGAAGCAGGUUCGGGACUGGUGGUGCUGCCGCUAGCUCAGCAGCAGGUGGCAGUAGCACAGCCGCAGGUGGAGGAGGAGCGAAGGAUGAAGGCAGGAGCAGUGCUGUCAGCUAUCCCAGCAGGGUGCUGGGCGGCGCACUCCCCUGUCUGCACAUUCUCGUGGUGGACGGCUGCGGUUUGGACUAUCUGCCGCCCGGCCUGCUGCAGCUGCCCGAGGUGAAGGCGAUUGGAUUCUGCGGGCGGCACGGCGUGGGGUUUAGGGACAAGCAGGCGCCGGCUCGGGAGGGGUUUUCCCAUCACGCGUGUGGCAGCCUGGACCAUUUCCACAUGUAUGUGCGCCACACCCGGUUCUGCUGCCGGCACUGCGGUGCCGCGGUGAAGAACCCGCGGUGA